AUGGCUUUCUCUAUGCUUUUCACAGGACAUGCUGAAUGUGUUAAAUUCGUGAAGAAGUUCAAUCUUCCCUUACUGGUUACAGGAGGUGGAGGAUACACAAAGGAGAAUGUAGCUCGUUGUUGGACCGUUGAGACUGGCAUUCUUUUGGAUACAGAACUUCCUAAUGAGAUUUCUGAAAACGACUACAUAAAGUAUUUUGCGCCGGAUUUUUCUUUGAAGAUACCGGGUGGUCACAUUGAGAAUCUUAAUACCAAAUCAUACAUCAGUUCCAUCAAAGUGCAGAUUUUGGAGAAUUUGCGAUACAUUCAACACGCUCCAAGCGUACAGAUGCAGGAGGUUCCACCGGAUUUCUACAUACCGGAUUUUGAUGAAGACGAACAAAAUCCGGAUGUACGUGUGGAUCAGCGUUCACGGGAUAAGCAGAUCCAGAGGGAUGAUGAAUAUUUCGAUGGAGACAACGAUAACGAUGCAUCGUAAAACAUCGAUUCUUAGAAAUUGUUGGUUAAUUUUUUUUGUUUAGUUAUGAGAUUUGUAAUGAUAUCAACACUUUAACGGCUAUGGGGCACCAAAACCACUUCUGAUUGAUUCCAUCUUCUUCAUGUUUUCGUCUUGGUGUAUAUGAAUGAAGCUUUUUGGUUCACUUUCUCAUCAUUGUGACUUAUAUAGUGAUCAAAUUCGUUACAUAUUGUA